CAAGGCUGCGCAGCUCGGAGAUAACCACAGCGGCGGAUACCGUGGAGCAGCGUCUACAGACCACGCUUUAUUGGAUUUACUGAACACCUGCAUGGGACACCGUGAGGCUUUUUCUCCCCUUUGUUUCUGUCUUCUACUGGAAACCAACUGGCAUUUGGAAUGGAGCUGAAUCUGUCGAAGAAUGUGAUAUCCUGUGGGGACCCAGGUGGCAUGAAUUUGGACAGAAUGUCGGAGGCCGUGAGAACCGCGCCGCCCCGUGACGUGGCCGCCGCGUUUCAUUUACAGAGACCUUCUGAGGGCAGCCGGGAAACGUUAGAGAACUCAAGCAGCGAGUCCUCAGACGCAGAGCUGGCAGAAAAGGAGAGGAGCGCUGAGCACAGGAGCGAUGACGGAAGCGCGGAUGACCCCAAGAAGAAGAAACAGCGACGGCAGCGGACCCACUUCACCAGCCAGCAGCUGCAGGAACUGGAGGCUACCUUUCAGAGGAACCGCUACCCGGACAUGAGCACCAGGGAGGAGAUCGCCGUGUGGACCAACCUGACCGAAGCCAGAGUGCGGGUGUGGUUUAAAAACCGCCGGGCCAAGUGGAGGAAGCGGGAGCGCAACCAGCAGAUGGAUCUGUGCAAGAACAGCUACCUGCCGCAGUUCAGCGGCCUCAUGCAGCCCUAUGACGACAUGUACCCUGCUUACACUUACAAUAACUGGACCAACAAGGGCCUGACCCCGGCGCCGUUAUCCACCAAGAACUUCACCUUCUUCAACUCAAUGAGCCCGCUUACUUCCCAGUCCAUGUUUUCCGCUCCUAACUCCAUCUCCUCCAUGAGCAUGGCCUCUGGGAUGGGCCACUCCGCCGUGCCCGGCAUGCCGGCCCCGGGCCUCAACAACAUCAGCAACCUGAAUGGCAUCGGUACCUCCGGUAUCAACUCGGCCAUGUCCUCUUCGGCGUGUCCGUAUGGCCCCCCCGGCUCGCCGUAUAGCGUUUACCGGGACACUUGUAACUCCAGCCUGGCCACUCUAAGACUCAAGUCCAAACAGCAUCCCACGUUCGGAUACAGCGGGCUGCAGAGCCCCGGCUCCAGCCUCAAUGCCUGUCAGUACAACAGCUGACGGAGCCAACGGGGCCCCUAAAUGUUACACAACCGCAUGUUCGAAAUGAAUGGGCAACGGACAACUAAACUGGAACAACUUGCGAUCAUUUUUUCGUAAAAGAGAAAAAAUGGAUUUUGCGGGUUACAUGUCUACCAAUGAACUUGAACAGCAAUUCAAACAUCCAGCUUUUUGGAUCUAAAAAUGAAGAGGUGUCACAUUGCUGAGAUGUAUAGAUUUAAAUGUAAAUAUAUAUACAGGUCUAAAAUAAGUAAAAAAAAUAAAAUAAAAAAAAAGAUUUUUUUUCCUUCUUUCUGUGCUGGCUUGUGGCUCUAUUUCGAGCCUCCAUUUCGUCGUUCCCCCACUUCCAUUUCGUACCAAUGCACUUAGACAAUUUAAUGAUGAAGAUACAUGAUUGUAAAAAUGAAAAAAAUAAAAUAAAAAUAAAUCCCAGGCAUUAUUUCAUUUCAUAAGAUGUAAUUAUCUCUAUUUAAAAAAAAAACUUUGUACGACCUGAUAUUUUAAAAUUGUUUUGUUUCUGAGUAGGCUUACCAGAAAAGGACCACCAGGCGGUUGCGUUUUCUAUCUAAAAAGUUCAGGUAAAUUAGAAAACUACUAA